AUGGCUUCUGAGCUGAAACGAACUCUUACCAAGAGAUACGGCGCUCUUCAACUAUGGGAGAUCAUAGUGAUUGCUAUAUUUGCAGCUUUCAUAGUAAUCCUCGCCAUUUCAGUAUGGCUCAGCUUCCGUAAAAAGUCCAGAAGAUCGAGAUUUACACAGCUUCCCGCAACACAAAGCCCUCGCUUUCCCGAAGAAAUCAAAGAAAUAAGUGUUGAUCAUGUUACUUCCAGCAACAAUGGUUCAUCUCAUCAUACUUUAGAUGAGAAAUUCGGCGAGAAGGACAUUGAGAAUGGCGAUAAGUACUCUGGUUCCUUAGAGAAAAAAACCACGGUGGAGUCACAUUUGGCUCCUACUACUCCUCCAACAACAUCCCCUUCACCUCUCUCGGGUCUUCCUGAGGUCUCUCACAUUGGUUGGGGACAUUGGUUCACUCUCCGUGACCUUCAGCUCGCCACUAAUCAUUUCGCCAAGGAGAAUAUCAUCGGUGAUGGUGGUUAUGGAGUUGUUUACCAUGGAACUCUAACUAACAAAACCCCUGUGGCGGUCAAAAAGUUGCUCAACAAUCCAGGGCAAGCCGAUAAAGAUUUCAGAGUUGAAGUGGAGGCUAUAGGGCAUGUGCGGCAUAAGAACUUAGUACGGCUUCUUGGAUAUUGCGUUGAAGGAACUCAUAGGAUGCUGGUUUAUGAGUACAUGAACAAUGGGAACUUAGAGCAAUGGCUUCAUGGAGACAUGAAUCACCAAGGGCAUCUCACAUGGGAGGCUCGGAUCAAAGUUCUUGUAGGCACUGCAAAAGCGUUGGCUUAUCUUCAUGAAGCUAUUGAGCCAAAAGUGGUACAUAGAGACAUAAAAUCAAGCAAUAUACUGAUGGAUGGCAACUUUGACGCUAAGUUAUCUGAUUUCGGUCUUGCUAAAUUGCUUGGAGCUGAUAAAAGUUACGUUAGUACUCGAGUGAUGGGUACAUUCGGAUAUGUCGCGCCUGAAUACGCUAACUCUGGCCUCUUAAACGAGAAGAGCGAUGUCUACAGCUUUGGUGUUGUUCUCUUGGAGGCUAUUACUGGAAGGUAUCCAGUGGAUUAUGCGCGGCCUAAAGAAGAGGUGCAUAUGGUGGAGUGGUUAAAGCUAAUGGUUCAGCAGAAACAGUUUGAAGAAGUGGUGGAUAAAGAGCUCGAGAUCAAACCAUCGACAAGCGAACUUAAACGAGCGCUUUUAACAGCUUUGAGAUGUGUUGAUCCCGAUGCAGACAAGAGGCCGAAGAUGAGUCAAGUAGCUCGAAUGCUUGAAUCAGAUGAAUACCCUGUGAUGCCUAGAGAGGAACGAAGAAGAAGAAGAAAUCAGAACGCAGAGACGCAUAGGGAAAGCACAGACACGAAUAAAGAUGAGAUCAUAACAGAUGCAAAGAUUUGA